GCUACGCAUGCGCAGAUGGCUCCCGGAGGCCAUCUUUAAUGGCGGCCGGCGUACGGGAUUCUUGUAUUGUUUGAUUUAUCAUCCUUGCACUACGUUCUGACGGUGUUCAAUUCUUUCAUUUGCUUGGGUCAAGAUAGAUUUGACGUUGAGGCAUUCCAAUAGUGCAUUCUCCUGCAGAUCAUGGAAGACAAAAGCUGCUUAUUGAAGAAAAUGGAGAUCAGUGUGUCAGAAGCGGAAAAAAGAACAGGAAAAAAUGCGGUAAACAUGCAGGAGACUUAUACAGUAUACCUCAUUGAAACAAGGUCACAUGAUUCACAAAAUGAAGAGGAGAGUUCUGUGCCAGAUUCACUCUGGAGACGAUACAGUGAAUUUGAAUUGUUGAGAAAUUAUUUAGUUGUUACGUAUCCUUGUAUAGUAGUACCACCUCUACCUGAAAAAAGAGCAGAAUUUGUUUGGCAUAAAUUAUCUGCUGAUAACAUGGAUCCUGAUUUUGUUGAACGACGAAGGAUUGGUCUUGAAAACUUUCUGUUGCGUGUUGCUUCACAUCCUACUCUCUCUUGUGAUCCAAUUUUCUAUUUAUUUUUAACACAGGAAAAUGGCUGGAAAGAAGCAGCAAAUGAAUCAGGGUUCCAAGCUAAGGCAGAUUCCAGAUUAAAAGCUCUCAAUGCAACUUUCAGAGUCAAGAAUCCAGACAAGAGAUUUACGGAGCUGAAACAUUAUGGCGAUGAGCUGCAGUCCAUCAUAUCUCACCUCCUGCGAGUUAGAGCAAGGGUAGCAGACCGUCUGUAUGGUGUAUACAAAGUACAUGGAAAUUAUGGAAGAGUUUUCAGUGAAUGGAGUGCUAUAGAGAAGGAAAUGGGGGAUGGGCUGCAGAGUGCUGGUCACCACAUGGAUGUAUACGCAGCAUCUAUUGAUGACAUUCUAGAAGAAGAGGAGCACUAUGCUGAUCAGUUAAAGGAAUAUCUCUUCUUUGCAGAAGCUGUUCGGUCUGUAUGUAGAAAGCAUGAACUGCAACAGUAUGAUUUGGAGACGGCUACUUUAGAUCUAACGUCAAAGAAACAACAGAGAGAGGAGCUCGCUACAGGGACAGUAAGAACAUUCUCCCUGAAAGGUAUGACAAGUAAACUUUUUGGGCAGGAAACACCGGAACAAAGAGAAGCUAAGCUAAACAUGUUGGAGGAGCAAAUUGCUGAUGGAGAGGAGCUUGUGAAGGCCAAGAAUCUUGAAUGCGAAGAUUUCAUGAAGGAUGCCUGGGCAGACAUUGAGCGCUUUAAGGAACAGAAGAACAAUGACCUGAAAGAGGCUCUUAUCAGUUAUGCAGUAAUGCAGAUAAGCAUGUGCAAAAAGGGAAUUCAAGUCUGGACCAAUGCUAAGGAAUGCUUUAGCAAGAUGUAAACGUUUACUUUCAAUAAACUUGAACCUUGGAUAAUAGAAGCACAAGGAAAGCUAGAACUCAGAAAUUAUUUGAGCACAUGGAAUCCUUUUUACAGUGAUUGUAUAUUUAUCUUUCAAUCCAUUUGCUUGAACUGGCACAAAGAAACUUUUGUGAGAAAAUGUCUUGCUAAUAAAAUUUAAAAAUCAUGUUUCUUGGGAUGUGGGGUUAAGGGAAAAGCAGGCAGAGAAUUUCAUUCUAUUUCAGAAACUAAUCCAUGUGCUAUGCUGGGUUUUUUCCUGUAAAUUUGAAAGCCUUCAGAUCAUUUCCAGAUGUGAAUAUAUUCUGCCAAUUUUUUUUGUGCAGUUUUGCAUUGGCUUUCAACAAAGCUUAUUUCCAUAACUCUUAAUACAAUGGACAGCUGCUCAUAUGUAGAUUUGUACAAUGUCUUAAUUUCAUCUGUGUUCAAAAUAUCCUGUUUAAUUAGUCUCAAUAGAAGGUUCCAGCUUUACUUGAUUCUUUUGGCUGAACUUCCAGCAUUAAACAAAUCAAUAGAUAAACAUUCAAUGCCUAGAAUUUGGCUGAGAUAUAGAAGACAUGAUUUGCAACCAGCCAAUCCUAAUAAAUGAUUGGUCACACCAGAAGUUAACAAUCUUCUAUAACCAUGUAGGUUAUCUAAUCUUUUUAUUAACAUAAAAUUUGAAUAAUUUCAGUGGUUUUUAUGGUCUGGACAAUGUGUACAGUUAGCAAUCAUGAUUUGCAAGUGACAAUGAAAGUCAAUUUCUUUCACAACCUCAUUUGAGAAACUCAUGAAUGUUAUUACCCAGUUUAUCUGUAGCUUUGAUAUUCCAGCUUUCGAAAACUUGUAAAUUUCGAAGUUUACAUUUUGACAGAUGACUGCCAUCCCUUCAAACCUCAAUGAGUACCAUGCACAUCUAAAUAAAUGUGAUUUUAAAAUAGCAACAUUUAGUUAAUAACACUACUCUUUUGUAAUUGUCUCUUGAAACUGUUUUAGUCAUUAUUUAAAGACUAAUGGGGUAACUUUCUUUCUCUAAUUUCAGCACAAGUGUUGAAGGGAAAUUGCUUUUUCUACUCAUGGUGGUUUUUUCUAUUCUAAAACUCAGUUGGGGAACGCUUAUUCCCAUGAUAAUUAUGUUUUUGUGUAGUAAGAAAAGCAAAGAAUUCCCUUCAGUUUUCUGUAUUUGUUCUAACUUGAGUAGUAUUAAGCUGUGCUGGAACAACCAUGCAGGUCAUUUUAAACAUUCUGCUAACCAACCACCAGUUGAGAGUGGAUGGCAAAAGGGAUAAUUUGAACAUUUAUUAACACUACCUGUUUAAUGACCAAAAAAAAAAGUGAUUUUUAAAAAGAUGAAGUGACUUAAGUGAUUCCAUUUAAUACUUUGUUGCCUUUUGCAGUUUCAAAAUUUUGCCUUUAAAUGCCAAAACAGAAUAAGUAACACUAAAAUGAAGGUGCCUUAAAUUUUCUGCCAAUUUUGUGCUUAUUUGUCUGUAUGUGUGUACUGCAUGUUCUGUUUGCUUUGAUUCCAUCUUGGAUUGCUCAACAGGUUGCCUGAAAAUUCAUGUGUAGAUAAAACCAGACAAUACAUUGGAGUUUGUAGAAGAAUAAAAGGAAUCCACAAUCCCACUGUGCCAAAAAUGCUGAAUGAAUAAAUAUGCUUUUAAAAAGCAA